CGUCAUCCGAUCCGACGACGUAAGCUCGGAGUCGGAUUCGUGUGCAUCCCGAUUCUUGUCACCACGUCACUGUUAUCAGCAACAGUGCGAAGGGAUCGAGCUUGAAACAAGUCGCCAUGGAUAUUGAAGAGUUCCGCAUCCGCGGCAAGGAAAUGGUAGACUACAUCUGCGAGUUCAUGAGCGACAUUCAUACCAGGAGAGUCACGCCGGACAUCGGUCCCGGUUAUCUCAGGCCUCUCCUGCCGUCGGAGCCGCCGAAUGAUCCGGAGUCGUGGGAUGAAAUCAUGAAAGACGUAGAAUCAAAGAUCAUGCCGGGUAUCACGCAUUGGCAGCAUCCAAGAUUCCACGCCUACUUCCCAGCGGGAAAUUCCUUUCCUUCGAUCCUAGGUGAUAUGCUAUCCGACGCGAUAGGCUGCAUUGGAUUUUCUUGGGCGGCUAGUCCGGCCUGCACGGAAUUGGAGACGAUAGUCUGCGACUGGUUCGGCAAAGCUAUGGGAUUGCCGACGGACUUCCUGUACUUCAGCGAGGGCAGUAAAGGCGGAGGCGUUAUACAGGGCUCGGCAUCGGAAUGCAUUCUCGUAUGCAUGCUGGCCGCGCGGGCACAAGCAAUUGCAAGGCUCAAGGAAUCUCCCGCACAUGCACAUUUGGACGAGACCGCGCUGCUCGGCAAGCUGAUGGCAUAUUGCAGCCGGGAAAGUCAUAGCUCCGUCGAGAAGGACGCUAUGAUAUGCUUCGUCAAACUGCGUAUUCUCGAGCCCGACGAGAAGAGCGUACUUCGCGGAGAGACGUUGCGGCAAGCAAUCGAGAGUGAUACAGCCGAAGGCUAUGUUCCCUUUUUCGUCUCAACGACUCUCGGCACAACCGCCUGUUGUUCGUUCGACAAUCUUAGAGAAAUUGGUCCAGUUUGUAAAAAAUAUCCCGGGAUCUGGCUGCACGUUGACGCCGCUUACGCCGGAAAUGCUUUUAUCUGUCCAGAAUUAAAAUACCUGAUGGCCGGCAUCGAAUACGCCGAUUCCUUCAAUACUAACACCAACAAAUUCCUACUGACAAAUUUCGAUUGCUCCUGCCUUUGGGUUCGCGACAGAUUUAAGCUUACGAGCGCGCUUGUCGUAGACCCGUUGUAUCUCCAACACACGCAUGCGGAUACGGCUAUAGAUUAUCGACACUGGAGCAUAGCGCUGAGCAGACGAUUCCGCUCAUUAAAACUGUGGUUCGUAAUGAGGAGUUACGGAAUAUCUGGGCUGCAGGUCUACAUCCGAAAUCACGUGAAACUCGCUAAAAGAUUCGAAACACUUGUCAGAAAGGAUUCUAGAUUCGAAGUUUGCAAUGAUGUCGUGCUAGGCUUGGUGUGCUUCCGCGCUAAAGGCAGCGAUAAAUUGAAUCAGAAAUUAUUGAGCACUAUUAACGACUCGGGAAAGAUACAUAUGAUCCCGGCUCGAGUCAAUCAACGCUACACAAUACGUUUCGCACUCGCUGCGCCUAAUGCAACUGCCAGAGAUGUUGACGCAGCAUGGAGCAUUAUAACGGACUAUCUAGCCGAAUUGUUGGAGUUCAACGACGUAAUGGACGAGUUGGCGGAUAUUCGCGAGAAGAAGAGAAAGGCCACCUUGGAGCAAAGGAGGUCUUUCUUCGUGCGCAUGGUGUCUGAUCCUGCGAUUCAGCCAGGAUUCACAAAAACCCCGAACAGGACAGGAGCCAAGCUCGAUACGCAGGCAACGAUCGGCGGUAUCGGAUCGAAUACUCAAUCCGGCGUGAAAUCUUGGAUAUCCUGGCCGCUCGCGUAUCUCAUGCAGGCGAAAGAAGCUGCUGAUACAAGUGAAUUGUCGCUCAGGUUUCGCCAUUUGGACACCAUGGUGCGUCUGAAAGCCGGCGGUACCGGCAGCCGCCGCGGUAGCAGCAACGGCUGCAGUCCGGAGCCAUCUCCGUCCGCUUCGCCGUCGCGCGGCAGGUCGCCCAAUGGCCGGGCGUAAUCGCGUUACAUCGAUUCUUUUUUUUCUUUUCUUGGCGCAAUCUCUUUCCGAGGAGUCCUCUGAUAAUGACAAUCGCGACGGAUGACUCCUUGCGCUCCGAAAUGCACCCCAUUGCGUGCUCCAAGAAAGCAAAUCAAGGAGAAUUCGCUAGCUAUCACUUCACGUUCGAGAAUUGAUACUGCCGAUCUCGAUAUGCAAGCCCAUCUUAGCUCAACUUAUAAUUUGGCAAAUAAUUCUUUAUAUUUAUA